AUGGAAUUAUUUGGUAUAAUAAUAACAAUAUUUUCUAUUUUAAUAACAUUUUCGAAAAGUGCCCCCUUAAAUAAAACAGAUUUAGACGACUUCGUGAAAUUUUUUUACGAAAAAAAAAUCAAAAGCAAAAUCGAGAGUGACCUACGCGAAUUUUUAACCCAAAAUAACGACGAUAUUUACGAAAAUAUGCAAGGCGAUCAACCGGCUACAGAUCAGCGAAAUACGCAGGACAUUUUAACGAAAAACAACUCUUUUGACGAUGAUGCCAUCAGAAAAUACAUACGAAACAGCCAUAGAGAAAGAGAUGGGGAUCUAAGGGUUAAAGAAAACUGGAUUAAACAAUUAAAACUUAGAAUUUUGAACAAUAUUGGUAGAGGUAAUUCCACUAAUUUAAUGCAAAAUGAAGAUACUAAUAUUCCAGUGAAUGAGUCACAGUAUGACCCUGGAUACAAUAAUAAUAUGACCGCAGUUGAUGAAGACAAUAUAACAGAAAAAAUAAGAAGCUUUUACCCAUCUUGUGACGUACCUCAGAAUACUGACCAGGACAUUUGGAAGGACGACAACCUGAUGAACUUAUAUUUUAAUUUCGACUAUUCAAACUAUGAACAAAAUUCCAAAAUAGCAACAGCAACAUUGAGACUCUAUAGAAUACCUUUCGAAAAUUCAACGAAAUUAACAUUGAAAAAUGACUGUGACAAUUCCAGUUCUACAGAGGACGAAAAAUUAAGGGUGUCCAUUUAUUGGUACACCAAAUCCUUGAAGAAAAGAAGAGUUAAAAGACGUCUUUCCGAUAGCAAAGUAAUUUCGGAUUCCGCACUUUGGGUGGAAUUGGACGUUAAACCGGCAACAAAGGCAUGGGGGAAGGGGAAAAAUUUGGGGUUAGGAGUUUUGGUGGAAGAUCAAGACGGUACCAACCUAAAGGCGGAAAAAUACUUCAAAGGACCAGAAUGCACGGUUGGCAUGCCUACUCCCAAACCAAUUCCCACCAUCAUCGUCGAUGCCUUCAGGAAAAACGGCGCAAACUCAAACCAAUUAUUCAAUGUAUCUAGAAACGUUUCGAAUCCAGCCUUUUCUAGUGAUUUACAGCUGCUACCAACAAUAGAUAUUUGCACACUGGGAUUCCCCGAAAAUCAGUCGAUGCCUUUCUCCCAAAUCGCGAAUCUCCGUAUCAACGCCUGUGACUUAAAAAAAUUUCAAGAACAGUCCGAAAAACUAGCGGAAAAGGAAAAGUUAGAGAGGUUGGUUUCUUUAACAUUACCCUCCAACAGGCAUAUAAGGCAUCAGCGACAACACCAUCUACAAAAUAAACCCCACGCGGAAAACACAGAAACCAACUUUGACCCCAGAUCGAGGGUCAUAAACUCCAGAGUCAUAAUGACCAAUGAGGAGGUAUUCAACCUAACUAAACUGCAAAUGUAA